CCUUGGAGGUUUUUCAACAAACACCUAAUCUAAUCAACAUACUCCUCGCGUUGCGUUGAAACAUUAAGUGCUGCAAUCUGUACCGUACGUUCGACCGAACCAGUGCUAUUAUGCUCGUUCACCGUGCGCGGAAAAAACACUCCAUGAAAGGAACUUAACGUACCGCUUCUUCCCUUCUCUUUGCUCUUUCGCCCGCGGUGGCAGUGUCUCUGGGUGACGGUGGUUGUUGCGCGAAAAUAAUCCGUGUUUUUGCGAGUAUUUUUCCGUGUGCAUUUACGUAUGGCGGCGAAUCAUUUCGUGCUGCUGUGUGAAUAAAGUCCAUUCCCGUUCCUCCACGUCACGUUACGGUGAAGCAGAGCGAGAAAAAAAAGGAAAAGUGGCCAUUUUCCCUUUCCAUUCUUCGCAUCGGUCAAAGCGGUUCUUCACGCACCAGGUCGUCAGUUCUUAUUCAAUCGAAACAACACGCAAGAACCCCGCACUUGCGUUACAGAGCUACACAUCGGGUCGCAAGCGGCUAGAGCGAGAAGGAUUCAACAAGAUCGUGAAAACCGCUGAAGCAAGAAAGAGAAGUAGAGUGAAAAGGUGGUACAGCAGGCGAGCCUACUGGUAGCGGUUUCGAAGAAGAAAAAAGGGUUCUGCCAUUUUUUUAAAUCACACCACCGAAAAAAGCCUCCCUUCUUCGGUGUACCGGAAAAAUUGCGACUUGUGAACAUACUCCAACGUACCUCGAGCAGUGCUGGACUAAAGGUUGCACCAGUAACGAAAGGAAAGGAAAAGAAAAGCAAAAACGCACACAAAGCCCCCCCGCAUCAAAAUGAUUCCCAAUAAAACGAACUGAUAUACGGCUGCUUGCAGCUCGUGUUUUGGGUGUUUGGAAGGGUGAAGGAGGUAGCAGGAGUGCGUGUCCGCGAGAGCGGGAGUGUGUGUGUGAGUGUUUUGUUUUGAUCGUUCGCGGUCUGUUUUUUCGGUUUCCUUCGGUUUGGUUGUUCGUCGUCGCUGGUGCUCAAAAAUACCGGUGUGCCGCGUGUUCCAGUUUGCUUCGAUCAUCCCUACUCUCCCGCCGUCUGAGAAACCUGUAUUUACAGGUUGCUGUUGCUGCUGUUUUGCGUGUACGCGAGUGUGUUGUUUUGCCGGAACCGUGGUGACCGUGAAUAAGAGCUCCCCCUUCCCCGAAAAAUAAGGUGCACUGAGGGCAGUGUACGACUUUUUUUCGUAACUGUUUGGUGAAGCAACCAAGGCAACAACAACAACAACAACGACAAAACAAAGACCGCCCCGGCAUCCGAUACAUGGCUAGUUCUAUGAACAGCAGGAACCGCAUUCGUCGUCGACUGGCUGCGAUAUCCUUUCUGUCCAACAUCUCGCUGGACGGUACCCAUCGGGACACGAAGCUCGGUCCGUUGCACGGAGGCGGAGGAGGCGUUGCGUCACUUGCCGGUAGAGCGGGUGGUACGGUUAGCCACACCAGUGCGGCACUAGCGCUGAACAACAAUGAUCUGGACGGUGUCGGCACGUGUAAUGACGAGUCGGGAGAGGAUGGCCCCGAUGCGCCUGGGGGGACAGUUGCUGCCGGCAGGGAACGGGGAGCAGGAUGGCAACCGGGCGAGAGUGCUGCGGCCGGCUUGAGCGGGACGGCCCACCCGCUGGCCGCUGCCGAUGGGCAGCAGAGGGCACGGGCCAGAACUGGAACGUUUAGCAAAAGUCCCGAACGCUACGCCGGAAAGCGGAUCGACAGCGAGGGCAAUAUGGUGGUCAGCAAUGGCUCAUCGGCCAAGGGCACACCGGCCAAGGAUCGUGAAAAUUGGAAUCCCAACGAUGGACGGCUGAACCAUACGGCGGAUAAGCGCUCGCGAGCGAACUCCGCCACGCAGCGUCCAACCGGUGCGAAACGGUCACUGCUGAUGAACACUAGCGCGGGUGCAAUCGUAACCGGUGGUGGUGCGUCCGGCGGCAGUGGUGGAAAUGGGUCAGAUGAUCCCGGACAACGGCCCGGCGGUGCAGCGAUGGGUUGGCAUACGAACAGCAGCACGGAAAGCCUCAUCCAGGGAAGGCCCAACCGGACGGUCGUCAUCAACGAGCAGGGUGGUGGCGGUGGUGCGUAUCCGCGCGAGGUACGCUACUACAACCAGAUGGACGUACGGCGCCACCCGACCGGCUUCCAGGAGGACCGCAUCGUGCUGCUGGCGAAGAAGGCACCGUGCCACAUAUUCUCGGUGUUGCCGUACUGCAAGGGCAAGGCAUCGCGGUCCGAAAUGCGCCGCGAGCGCCGCCGUCACCCGUCCGGUGCGCGUCCACUGUCGUCGAUUAAUGACGCACCGUUCGAUGCGUUCCGUUUGCUCGGCAUCGAACGGGGUGGUGAGGUGGGCCAGGAAGUUUCGUACGGAUAUUUGCUGAUACCGUCGCGGGCCUAUCACCGUGAGAAAAAGCACACCGAGAAGGCUAUCAAGAGUGGGUUCGAAAUAACGAACUUCGCGUCGCUGGAGAAUCAUGCCGCGGCACGGUACUAUGAUACGUUGAAUCGUAACAGUGCGGCAAGUCCGUCGCAGACGGUGGCCACAUCGGCUGGGGUCGGUGGUGCUGGUGCUGGUAGUGGACCGUCGUCAGGAUUGCUGGACAUCUCGAAAGAGUACGAAGAUGGGUACACUUCCAUCUCCGGGAUACAAUACUCGGCCAACAUUCUGGACGAUCCGGAGCUGAUCGCGGGCAAGCAUCGUACGCUGCUAACAUUCACUUCGUACGUAACAUCAGUCAUUGACUAUGUGCGGCCAUCCGAGCUGAAGAAGGAGCUGAACGAUCAGUUCCGCGAGAAGUUCCCACAAAUCCAGCUCACGCUCAGCAAACUUCGCAGCAUUAAACGGGAGAUGAAGCGCAUCAACAAGCUGGACAAUCGUAUCGACUUUCUGACCAUCUCGCAAGCGUACGUUUACUUCGAGAAGCUUAUCUUGUCCAAGCUGGUCAACAAGGAGAACCGGAAGUUGUGUGCCGGCGCUUGCCUGCUGCUGAGUGCUAAGCUGAACGACAUCAAGGGUGAGGCACUCAAGAGCUUAAUUGAGAAAACGGAAAGCGUCUUUCGUCUGAACCGUAAGGAACUGAUCGCUUCCGAGUUUGCCGUGCUGGUUGCGCUGGAGUUUAGCCUGCACGUACCGACACAGGAAAUUCAUCCGCACUAUCAACGUUUGAUGUACGAAUCCUAGGACACGGCGACGGCUAGGAGCGCAAAGAAGGGAAGCAAAGAGAUUAACCAUUUACUGAUGUGUCAUAUGCUGCAGGAGGCAUUUAUUGGGUGAUUUGUUUUAAAUGUUUCGUUUUUUUUUCUGGGCUAGAUUUUGCAUACUAUUUGUUGCACACGACUUGUUUGCCAUUGAUCGUGAUUUACAGGGUGGCAAGAGAGGAUCUCUUCCUCUUUUUUUGUGUUCCAAGGAAAGGUUGAGUGUUAGCGGUGGAAUAGUUACAAAGGUUUUAAAAGCUAACUAUAACCGUUCAACAUUUUUAAACUUAUGCCAAGGCCAUGUAACGUACAUUAAUGAUCCUGAAACCGGAUAACAUUUGAAACGAUUUUUAACUCCUUACUUACAACGCAGCAAAGCAAAAUCUAGUGUUAGUAAUUACAUCGUAGGUUAUAUUGCAAUGAUAUAAGCAUUAGUUCGCCAUAUAGUGAAGAACACAGUGUUUACAGUUUAAUCUCCUUCGGCAGCGCAAGUUAAUCCUGCUCAAACAUCUCUCUUUGUCCUAGCGUUACCUAAACCGGAGAAUGAUGUACUUACCGGAAGUGUUUAUACUCGUUGUACUUUACCUUGAUUCAUUGCGAUAAAUUUUCUUAUUUUUUAUCCACGCGCACAAGCGGGAUGCGUUUACCCGAAGUACUUUACUAGCUUGAUUCGUUUUCAGUUUUACCUUUUACCCACGCGUUGAAAGUUAUAAUUAACUGUAACCGAUUAGAAUGUAUUCUUUUUUGUACUUUGUUAUUUCCUAUAUAUAUAUAGAUACCUUAAGAAGGGCCCCUUUAUUAAACUUAAGCACAUAACGUGUAUAAAUGCCACAGAAACAAAAAAAUAAUAAUGGUGAUGGAAAUCGGUUUAUAAAACUGCUCUUACACGUAGGCAUAUAUGCGCUCAAGUACUUCAAGGAAUUGUUAUAAUUCGCGUUUAUUUUAUUCAGUUUUUUAUCGGUUCGUUACACGUUUAGUUUUUUCGUUUUGUUUAGUGUUUAUGAAGUGCUUGUAGCAAGGGCUGGCUUUUUUGUUUCGUCGUAAUAAUUGAACCAAAAUCUUUUCAAGAUAUAACAAUAAACGUGGUCGUACUAAAAGACCGUUUAGUCGCA